UUGUGCCAUCACUCCUGCCUGUCCCUGUCCCCCUCCGGCCUCCCUCCUCCUCUUGUCCUCCGCAUGUAAGCUCGAUCGGCUCGGACAAGAAGCAACCCGCUUCAACCCCCGACCAUCGAUCGGCCUCGUCAUAGUGGAGUGCUGGAGUACGUGGUAUAUAGGAGGCGGAGGACAUGGUGAAGUUCUCGCGGGAGUACGAUGCCAGCAUCAUCCCCGAGUGGAAGCCCGCCUUCGUCGACUACAGGGACCUCAAGAAGCUCAUCAAGAGGAUCAAGGUCGAACGGCGCGACGCCGACGACAGCAGCAGCGCAGGAGACUCCUCGCCGGAGACUGCCGCCCUCGCCGCCGGCGUCGAGAGCGCCGGCUAUGGCGCUGGCUUCUCCGUGCUCGACCCCGUCCGCGCCCUCGCCGCCCGGUUCGCGCCCAGGGUGCAGGCCUCCAUGGAUGACGAGGAGAGCGGGGAUUCCGGCGAGCUCGUGCGAUCCACGGACAAGCAUGAGCGGGAGUUUCUGGAGAAGGCGGACGAGGAGCUGGAGAAGGUGAGCACCUUCUACGCGGCGCAGGAGGCGGAGCUGCUCGGCCGCGGCGAGGCGCUCAUCGACCAGCUCCGCAUCCUCGCCGACGUCAAGCGCAUCCUGGCCGACCACGCCGCCACCCGCCGCGCCCGGGGCUCUGGCCGCGGCCGCUCGGUACCGGCGGUGGCGCCGCCCUCGCCGGCGCUCAGCAACUCCGGCCGCUACCUCCUCUCGGGCCUCGCCACGCCGCAGUCCAUGUCAGAUGGGAGCGUGGAGCAGCAGCAGGCGCAGAUGACGGAGGGCGCGGCGGUGGCGGACGAGGUGAUGGCGGCGCUGGAGCGCAACGGCGUCAGCUUCGUGGGGCUGCCGGGGAAGAAGGACGCCAAGAAGGAGGGCAGCGGCAGGGGCGGGAGGCUGCAGCUGCCGUCGACGGUGCGCAUCGACAUACCGGCGAGCAACCCGGGGCGGGCGGCGCUCAAGGUGUGGGAGGAGCUGGUGAACGUGCUGCGCAAGGACGGCGCCGACCCCGCCGCCGCCUUCGUCCACCGCAAGAAGGUGCAGCACGCCGAGAAGAACAUCCGCGACGCCUUCAUGGCGCUCUACCGCGGCCUCGAGCUGCUCAAGAAGUUCAGUUCUCUGAAUGUAAAGGCCUUCACCAAGAUUCUCAAGAAAUUCGUCAAGGUGUCGGAGCAGCAGCGAGCAACGGACCUUUUCUCGCAGAAGGUGAAGAGGUCAUCGUUCAGCACGUCCGACAAGGUGCUUCAGCUGUCGGACGAGGUGGAGGCACUCUUCCUGAAGCACUUCGCGGGCAACGACAGGAUGGUGGCGAUGAAGUACCUCAACCCGCAGCAGCCCAAGAACACCCACAUGAUCACCUUCCUCGUAGGGUUGUUCACGGGCACAUUUGUGAGUUUGUUCAUCAUAUACGCCAUCCUGGCACAUGUUUCCGGCAUUUUCGCCUCAACUGGAAACACGGCCUACAUGGAGGUAGUCUACCAUGUCUUCAGCAUGUUCGCACUCAUCAGCCUGCACUGCUUCCUCUACGGGUGCAACCUCUUCAUGUGGAAGAGCACCCGGAUAAACCAGAAUUUCAUCUUCGACUUCGCCCCCAACACCGCCCUCACGCACCGGGACGCCUUCCUCAUGUCCGCCUCCAUCAUGUGCACCGUCGUCGCCGCCUUGGUCAUCAACCUCUUCCUCAGGAAUGCCGGCGCAUCCUAUGCCAACGCCGUGCCCGGGGGGCUCAUAGUGCUGUCAGCCGGACUUUUACUCUGCCCGUUCAAUGUGUUCUACCGCUCGACACGUUACUGCUUCAUGCGCAUCAUGCGCAACAUCAUGUUCUCACCAUUCUACAAGGUUCUGAUGGCCGAUUUCUUCAUGGCUGACCAAUUAACUAGUCAGAUCCCGUUGUUAAGGCACAUGGAGUUUGCAGCGUGCUACUUCAUGGCAGGAAGCUUUAGGGCUAACCCAUAUGAGACUUGUACUACCAGCCAGCAGUACAAACACCUGGCCUAUGUCAUCUCUUUUCUCCCUUACUAUUGGAGAGCUAUGCAGUGUUUAAGAAGGUACAUAGAAGAACAUGACAUUAAUCAGCUGGCCAAUGCUGGGAAGUACGUGUCGGCGAUGGUGGCGGCUGCCGUCAGAUUCAAGUACAAUGUCACACCGACACCAUUCUGGAUGUGGAUGGUCCUCAUCUCGUCCUCAGGCGCCACCGUUUACCAGCUCUACUGGGACUUUGUCAAGGAUUGGGGCUUUUUCACUCCCAAAUCUAAGAACCUAUGGCUCAGGGAUGAUCUCAUCCUGAAGAACAAGUUCACCUACUACAUUUCCAUGGUAUUUUACUUUGUCCAACUGAUUUAUAGUACAGCAUCAAUGCAGAAAAUGACCAGAUUUAUUAUCACUAAUUCUUUCACUAUGCAGAUGCUAAAUCUAGUGCUUCGGCUAGCAUGGGCUCAAAGUGUGAUGAAGAUCCGUAUUAAUAAGAACGAGACUCGCCUGCUGGAUUUCUCCCUUGCUUCCUUGGAGAUAAUCCGACGAGGACACUGGAAUUUCUACAGGCUGGAGAACGAACACUUGAACAAUGUUGGCAAGUUCAGAGCAGUGAAGACUGUCCCAUUACCAUUUCGUGAACUCGAAACGGAUUGAUGAUAAGACAAGAGAAGAGUGUAACAGCGUGCUCCCAAUACCAAGGGAAUUUAGGUUCAGAGUUCCAGGAAUGGUUGAGCUGACCCUAGUAAUGCUUGCUGCUAGAUUUGGUGUCGAGGUGGUAAUAAAGCCUUCAGAGAGCAUAUCCACAAGAUCACAAUGUUGCUGAUCUUAAGAUGGAAUAAGCUCAGAUGGUGCAUUGUAUCAAGUUCGCCAGGGCACUGCUAGCUGAGGCAUUCUGGUCAAGAAAGAGGGGGUAGGAUCCUCAUUGCCCAUUGAAGAUUGAUGUGCAUAGAUCAGCAAAGAUUUUAGCUUUGCUGAUGAUUAAGCUGUAUGUCUGUGUGUGUGUGUGUGUCUAGGGAUUGAUGCCAAGAUAAUAUUGCACGUGUUAA